CUGCUCUCCCGUCGACCGCUGACAGGGACCCGGCGCGGCAGAAGGGGGCUGGUCGCUGCUGCCGCCGGCGGGCAGAACAAGGAAUGAAGAAAAUGAGCAACAUCUAUGAAUCAGCAGCUAACACCCUGGGAAUUUUUAACAGCCCAUGCCUGACUAAAGUGGAGUUGCGAGUUGCAUGCAAAGGCAUAUCAGACAGGGAUGCCCUCUCAAAACCAGAUCCCUGUGUCAUCCUUAAAAUGCAGUCACACGGCCAGUGGUUUGAGGUUGACAGGACAGAAGUGAUCCGAACCUGUAUAAAUCCCGUCUUCUCCAAGCUGUUCACGGUGGACUUCUAUUUUGAAGAGGUGCAGCGAUUGCGGUUUGAAGUCCAUGACAUUAGCAGCAAUCACAAUGGGCUGAAGGAAGCAGAUUUCCUCGGUGGCAUGGAGUGCACACUUGGACAAAUUGUUUCUCAGAGGAAGCUCUCCAAGUCCUUACUCAAACAUGGCAACACAGCAGGAAAGUCAUCUAUAACAGUGAUCGCUGAGGAAUUGUCUGGCAACGAUGACUACGUUGAACUUUCAUUCAGUGCACGGAAAUUGGAUGACAAGGAUUUUUUCAGCAAAUCUGAUCCUUUUCUGGAGAUUUUUCGGGUGAAUGAUGAUGCAACCCAACAACUUGUUCACAGGACUGAGGUUGUGAUGAAUAACUUAAAUCCAGCAUGGAAGACCUUUAAAGUGUCUGUAAAUUCUCUGUGCAGUGGAGACCAGGAUCGCAGGCUAAAGUGCAUAGUUUGGGACUGGGAUUCCAAUGGAAAGCAUGACUUCAUUGGAGAAUUUAGCUCGACUUUCAAGGAAAUGCGAGGAGCUAUGGAGGGAAGACAGGUACAAUGGGAAUGCAUUAACCCCAAGUACAAAGCAAAGAAGAAGAACUACAAGAACUCAGGCAUUGUCAUCCUUAACCAGUGCAAGAUACACAAGAUGCAUUCUUUCUUAGAUUAUAUCAUGGGAGGCUGCCAAAUACAGUUUACAGUAGCUAUAGAUUUCACUGCAUCCAACGGUGACCCCAGGAACAGCUGCUCGCUGCACUACAUCCACCCCUAUCAGCCCAACGAGUACCUGAAAGCUUUGGUAGCUGUUGGGGAGAUUUGCCAAGACUAUGACAGUGACAAAAUGUUCCCAGCCUUUGGAUUUGGAGCAAGAAUACCCCCAGAAUACAAAGUCUCUCAUGACUUCGCAAUCAAUUUCAAUGAAGACAACCCAGAAUGUGCAGGAAUACAAGGUGUUGUGGAAGCUUAUCAGAGUUGCCUUCCCAAGCUGCAGCUGUACGGACCGACAAACAUUGCUCCCAUCAUCCAGAAAGUGGCAAAAUCUGCAUCAGAGGAGACCAACACCAAGGAGGCCUCGCAAUACUUCAUCCUGCUGAUCCUGACGGACGGGGUCAUCACAGACAUGGCUGACACCAGAGAGGCCAUCGUCCACGCCUCCCACCUCCCCAUGUCAGUCAUCAUCGUCGGAGUGGGCAACGCUGACUUCAGUGACAUGCAGAUGCUGGACGGUGAUGACGGCAUCCUGAGGUCUCCCAAAGGCGAGCCAGUGCUUCGAGACAUUGUCCAGUUUGUGCCAUUUAGGAACUUCAAACAUGCAUCCCCAGCUGCUCUAGCAAAAAGCGUUUUGGCUGAAGUUCCAAACCAAGUCGUGGACUAUUACAAUGGCAAAGGGAUAAAACCAAAAUGUAUGUCAGAGUACGAGUCUUCCAGGACACUAGCUCCAUGAACCUGCCUGCACUCUUUUACAAAA